AUGACUGUGAGAUUAGCUGGGAAAGGUAAUGCAAAUAUUCUGAUUGAUUAUGAAGAUCCAGUUUGGCUAUAUAGAUGUUGUAUAAAAUAUCCAGACUCUAUUCAGAAGUGUAAUGAAUAUACAUACAAUAAUAUUCAAUUCAUAAAUACUCGCAUGAUACCUCUAUUAAAAGAUUUAGUGUGUCCUAUGACGUUGGUCAAUGUCCCUGCAAAAGAAAUUUAUAACAUUUAUAAAGAUUAUGUGGAUGUUAAUUGUGCAGAUUCUGAUAUAAUUGCUUGUUUGAGAAUACCAAAUUUAAGACCUUCAAAGAAAUAUUCAAUUAGAGUGCAAUCGGAUCAUCUAACUAAAAUAUAUACAACAAAAGACAAUCACUCAGUACUGUUGGAGAUUAAACCUAAAUGGUUACAUAACCCGACACCUUAUUGCAGAAACUGUACUGAUAAUUCAAGGAAAAAUAGAAAUAUCAAAUAUUGUUAUUCGGAAUUACUUCAGGAUAUUAAUCAAAUGAGAUUAAUUAUCGAAACUGAAAGAAAAUUGAAAAUUCCUCAGCAAUUUAUUGAAAUAAUCACAAAAUAUUUCAUUGAUAAGGAAAAUGUCUUACAAAAACUUCAUGAUAUUCAAAAAUCACUACAUUGCGAUGAUGGAUUCAAGACUCCAUCUCAGGAUAAUAAAGACAUAAAUGAUAUACAAACCUUGAUGACAUUAAGAGACGUAUCAUGUUUUAUUGAGUGGGAUCAAACUAUGUUAUCAAUUACUGAUCUAAAAGUAAAUGUCGUAGACGUCGACUUAAAGAGUAUAGAUAAAAUGACAUAUUGGAAAAAUACCCAAUCAAUACUAGACAAAUACCAAUUAAAGGUUGUCCAUUAA